GCAAGACUUCAUAGAGCAAACAGUGGGGAAGUCUUUAACGGAAGAGACUUGCCAUAGAAAUGAAGUAGGUUAGUUGUACUGGCAACAGUUCACAAUGAAAAUGGUAAUUUCAAGGGGGCUGGUAAUCCAAAACCAAGGAGUCAAUCCCUAAUGCAGUCUGUUCAAUUUAGAAAUAAGACGACUUUUUGCUCUUACUAGUAAACAGCACAUACACUCGGAGUGCAAGUUCUUUUCACUGUUCUAUAAGUUUUUGUAGCACUGAUGUGAGUAUACUUUCAGAUUACUUUUCUUGUCCCUGCUUAUCCUGAUGUCCAAAAAAUUUUGCAUUUUUUUAUUCAGCUGCCUGCCAUUUUACUCUUCUGAUGUGUUCUCAGCCAAAGAUACUUAAUCCCAGUGUUUUUCAUAUAGAUAGGAGAAAUAAUACAUAGUAUGUAAACAAGGCCUUUUUGUUGGUUAUCUUAAAACAUCAUAGAAGAUUGAGAUUAUCUGUUCUUGGGUAUUAUGGUGAGGCUGAAUGACUUGUCUGUUAUGAGAAUCAGGGGCAGAAACUCUUUGUUUCACAGUCCAUCCUCCUCUGACCAUACUGACUCCAGACUAAGAAUGGGACUUGAUACGUGACAGUAUCAAAAUCAAGAGUCAGAAGACUUCCUGUCUCAUCCACUUUAUCUGCUGCUACCUUACGGACCAUCUUGAGUCUGUGAUCCUGUCAAGUCUGAUUAGUAAGAAAGCUUUGAUUUUUAUAGAACAAAUAGUUUCUGUGGUGCUUUGAUCGAGAGCAUGCUGCUUUCUUGAUUUAGGACUGAAAUGUUGUCUCAGCAGAAACACAAGGUACUCUAGCUGAUUUGUACUGGAAACCUUCAGGCCUGAACAGAUGUGUUCAUGAAAUAUCCUUUGGCACCUUUCAUAAAGAACCAUUAUCUCCAUUGCCCUGGCCGAAUUCCAACCUGGCUAAUCACAUUCUGUUCCUCUGCAUUUCCCCAACCACUGCAAAUGGAUGCUGUGGGGUUCUUUGCUUCCUUUCCUUAACUGUUGUGUAGUGUUGCGGUUCAUUGGCAAGCAGCUGUUCUGCCUCAUGCCACAAAUGGCUUGUGUUUUGCUGUUGGGCAAAUUGUUAGUUUGGUUUUGUUUGGUUUUCCCAUGUGUUUUGUGUUCCCUUUGUAUUAAAGAUUCUUCCUACUCAGUGUAGAGCAGGAAACAGAAGUAUGUACCACAAAGACAAAUGGUCUCCUUUGAAAUGAAAGGUGUAUUGGUAUAAGAGCCUCACAAAAAGCUUGUUGACGCUGUUGAUUUUCAAAUUAAUAAACCCCAUCUUUUUAAUAACUGUACAGCUGUUCUAAUAAUGUGCUUCCACUUACUAGAUGAGAAAACCAUGGUGCUUUGUGGAAGAUGCAGCCCGACAUGGAAACGGUUUCUCAGGAAGAACAGCAGCAUGAGGCACCUGAAAAUUGUUCCUAAGAGGCCUCUCAGCAACACUUUAGAACUGAUGUGUUUGGGUUUAUUACCAAAAAAAGCUCCUUCUGUGAAAGAAUGCGAUACAGGACUGUUCCUGAGGCAGCUUAGGUUUAUGAGUUGCCUGCUGGAAUUAAGGCCCGAAGUCUUGUCUACCUUCCUAAGGAACCUGGGCUUAUGUGGCCAGUGCCCUCUGUCCUUUUUCCCAAAAGCUCAGCUAGCCCAUCUGGGAGUUACAGCGGACUUUGCGGGCACCAUGCCAUAUGCAGAGUUACUGGGACCAGAGCAGAAAAAGGAAUGGGUAGCUCACCGAGCUUUAGUGGCACUGUUUGUUGCCAGCCACAGAGGUCAUGUUGAAACUGCCAAGUUUCUCCUGAGACAUGGUGCGGAUUUGCAUUCCAAAACCCCCCUAGGAAGGACUGCCCUUCACGUCGCUGCUGUCGCAGGCCAGUGCGACUGCAUCGAACUGCUCCUAAGCUAUGGGGCAAAAGCUCUUGGCCCGGACAGCGAAGGACAAACGGCGAUGGGAACUGAAGCAGGGGAGAACGACUGUUGUGGCCAAAGUCACCCUGGGAGUCCGUUGAAUUGCAUCCUGAUCUUUGAAGUUCAGUUCCAGUAUCUUUACCAUAUAUUGUCUUUCUGUUCCCUCGCUGCUGAAUGUAGAUUUAAUAUGCACAUGUGUAAUGAGCCAAACAUGUUCUGCAUAUGUUUAGCCAAAUUCUGACCUUAGGGACAUGAGGCAAGCUCUCCCUGAUCUAGUUAGGACUGCUUUCAUGGCUGGGCUCAACCCAAAGAGUGCAAAACAGUGUUGGCAUUUAGUUUAUGAAACUAAAGCCCCUCCUGGGCUUGAAGUUCAAUUCAUCUGUCUGUUUGGUGUUUUAACAAACUCAGGCUUCUCUGUGAGUUCUGGAGAAGAGAUAGCAGGCCAGUGGGUAAUAAACUGCAUGGCUGAUUGUCUGACCUCUUGUAUUGUCUGCGCACCAGAUGCUGAUUAAUGAUUAGCAUGUAACAAAUUAAUAAAUCAAUACCACAAACAAAUAAACCAUCCAUUACAGUGGCCUGUCAAGUCUCUCUCUCCUCUCUUAGAGGAGUGUAAAAGCUGCAGGCAUUACAUUCUUCACUGUACGUAAAUGCCUCUGGACUAUAUGGUAUCCUGAUACCUUGCAGAUAUGACGUACAGAUGAGAUUAAUUAUAUUCCAUAGGUAAUUUGAUAUGUGCUGAAAAAAAAUAAUUGAAGCUUUAUGCUUAGUUUUGUUCUAUGCAGAUGUUCUUGAAGGGAAGGGUGAGUGGUCAGCACAGUAAAUGUGGGCUCAGGAGGAACAAGUUUAAUAUGCUGUCUUCCUGUACAGCCCUGGCAUCUUGCCUUGAAGGGGUUAUCCACACUGACUAAUUUCAGACAACUACCUUUGAAGUCUAAAGAUAAGACCUUAUUGCCCAAGCUCUCUCUGUAGCUUUGUGGAGAAAGCAAGGAUCCUGUAGUGCACCAUUUAAAGGUCUGAAUUUGGACUCCAGUCCUGAAUAGUGAUCAGAGAAGUUUAAAAUUAAUCCAUGUGAAAUAUCAAACAUCACUGAUGCUGGCUCAGAGAAACUAAGGUCAAGCAACAAGUUGAGUUACUGUGUUGUUAUCAACAAGCUGUUCGAAGCGCAAAAACUUUUGUGCAUCUGGCCUUAUUUUUCAGAAUUUAAAGGUGUUACGAUACAUCAUGGCAUACAGCUAAUUAAUGCCUCUGUAACAAUGAAAGAUUCAGACAGAAUUCAGAGGUGGUUUCUGAAUCUGUACAAACACCUCCAAAUCCAGAACAGGACAGGGGAGUAAAUAAAUUCCUGAUUGGCCUGACUGGUUCUUCCAUUCUAAUUACAUAGGAAGUGUGUGUGUGUACUUCUGUGCAGUUCUUUGGGCAUGAUUUGUAUAUUCUAAUAAAUAACAAGUAUAUAUGUGCAUAAUUAGAAGGGACAAUAAAGAAAAGCAGUUGAUGAAAUUGAAUUAUGCAUAAUAAAGCUGUAAUUUUAUAGAGAAGUCUGUAGUCAUCAGGAGAGAAAGCGAAGCUUGCUUGUUUUAUUAGUGUUGUGAGAGACCUGAGCUGGAACUACAGUCUUAUAAGCUUUAAUAUUUUAUGAUGUCUCAUUGUAUUACAAAGAACUUAUUUUCUAACUCUUUAUUUCACCCAUUUAUGGGCCUUUCCUAAAGCAGCAUAUCCUGUUUUGCACUCUAAUCUUACUGGCUUCCUAUCCUUUUUAUGCUAUUCUGGCUCUGCAGGCCCUGGGUCAACUGUUGUCUAGGCUUAAUUUAAGGAGCAUUUGUGAUUAAAUACGGCUGUAAAUCUAUUCUCUGCAUUUUGGACAGAUAUGAGCCUGCCUCACAUGGCAACCUGACUAGAGGGUCUGGGAGUCAGCUGAAGUCUAAAUUCAGAACCGUUUCUUAGUAGCACAGACCUGGGGAGGUUCACCAUGCAGUCCAGCACUGCCAAAUAGUACGUCUGACGUAUUUUAUGUCAGGUAUCCAAAACCCACCAGGUUUAGGUGAGACCAGAUGAACAAAACAACCUUUUGGAACCUGAGAUAUAGGACAAACUCUGCAAACUGGCUGUCAGCUGGCCUUAUGGGGACCAUUCAGUAGGCAUAGACUUACAAGGCAACAGUGUGUAUUUAUCUACUUUUUCACAUUAAAAAACGUGAAAAUCAUCAGUACAGAGCCCUUCUUCAUAACGGAAAGAGGUUUGGCUCGGUAGGUUUGAAGACCCUUUCUCAUAUUUGGAUGCUUUUAUCACAUUGAUGACUACUAUCUGCAUGUGCAUUAUUCAGCUCCAAAACAACUAUAGCAACACUGCCAAAUAUACACAUGAAAUGAAUAUAAAAUACAUUCCAAACAAUUGUAGUAUUUAUGUAAUUUGGUGUCUUCUGUGUUCCACAAAACCUCAACAGAUUGUUAACUCCCGCAGAACCAGUAAGCUGAUAGGUGCACACAGCAGUAUAGAGUCUGGCUCCCCAGCAGAAAACAGUAUGAGCAGAAUGAGCCUGGUAAUGCCUGUCACUAUUGACAGUUAAUGACUGAUUAGCAAUGACUCCAACAGUGCAAAUGAAAGGAGAAUUAAAAGCAGAUUCAGGCAAUGCUUUCUCCUUCUUGAGUCCUUUAAGUGUAAAAUAACUGCACAAAUGCAUGAGGGACAUUUUAAUAGUGAUUUGCUGAAUAUGAAGAAGAUUGUUCCCUCUCAAGUUAAAUAGCAUUGACCCAAGGUGAAGGAGUUAGUCUCAAACUGUCCAUUGCUAUCGGCUAUUCCAUUACAAUGCUUAUUUUCUCAGCACUCCUACCUUAAACAAAUAGAAGGACAAAGAAACGUGGUGAAAAACCUGUUUUGGUCAGAACUAUGGUGAGACUUGGUUAAACUUUUCUCAUUUGCAUGUAAGUAACUCAAAUUAUUAAGGACAUAGCUUCUAGGAGAACAAAAGCAUCAGCAGUGCUCCUUGAGAGCCAAGUUAUUGUCUAGCUUGCACUGCAAUGUUCUUCCUUGACCCUGGCACUGUGUCCUGGUCAGAGCUGGCUCAAGACCCCCCAGAAGUGUAGGCUAAAGUGGAUUUUCCUACCUUAAAGAUUCAGGGCCCAUUUCCUGGUGCUCUGCGCUGCAGUAAAAGAGCAGGAGGUGUCAGAGUUCUCCCUCCUCCCAGUCCCUGACCCAGCGACCCAGCAGCACCACUGCUCAUACACCCUCAUUUUUCCUGUGACAGAAGCAGCACAGCCAGCCUGACUUCUCAGGACUUGCACUUAAGCAAGAAGGGCUGUUUUGUUGCCCCUAAGGAUGCGUUGCCACAGAGAACUCCCAACUUUGCCUGUGACUACAGCCAAGAAGGAAAUGAGGUGGGGGACAACAUAUCUCUGCUCAAGUGAACCAAUAAACAGUGUCCCUCUACGCCUUCUCUCCAGCCUGUCAGCUGUAUCUUGGCUUCUACUAAGAGACUGUAAAUAUGUAGGUUUUGUUCAUUAAGCAAGUAUAAUGCUAAGAUGGAAGCUGUAAUGCACAUGAUGGGGAGCACGAGAAAUUACUACAGCUUUCAUUUAAACAAAGGACAUGACCACACUCUGGCAGCAAGACCAUAAUGGCUGCUUGAUUUUUCCAGACGGGGACUGUAGCUCACUGGGUUUUUUUGGGCUCUUGCUUUGUUUUUGUUUUUGCUCCAGCUUUUAAGGAUGAGAAUGUUGUGUCUGACGCAUGUCAGCAAGCGAAGGAGAUUCACUAGCAUAGCUGGGUUCAUCUUGCUCCCCGGUGAGGAAUAAAAGCAUUAACCGUCUCUCACUUCAGGAGGAGAAGGGGGGGCUGUUUUCAGCCUGCAAGAAGUGAGAAGGCAUUGUCAGGUUUAGGUCAGGCUGGAGCACAGGGCUGUGUGGCACUCUCAGCAGGACAGAUUAGCUGGGUGUCACACGGCAGCCUGGAGGCAUCAUUCGGAAAAAGCAAGAGACAGAAGUGUGUGUGUGCAGGGUGUGGGGGGGUAAAGGCUGCCAUGUCUUGUUUUGGUGCAAGGCUGUUCUCUACAGCAAUGAUCUUUCUGGAAUGCAGACUCAGAAAAAUGGAUCGAAUAAAGAGCCUUUAUCAAGGAAGCAGAGAGAGAAAAUGGCCACUUCUAUACUCCCUAUAUUAGAACUCUAAAUAAUGCUGUUACUGGAGCUGCUAAAGACAUUUUUUAACAGGAGUCCUGCAUUUAAUCCCAAUCUGGUACCUGCAAGGCCUGAUCCUGCAGUCAAUUGCACCCAGUGAAGCUGGUGUCAGCAGAGCCACCUGACUGAAAAGGACAGGGGGCAAGAAUGAAGAUUCUUUCUGUUCUAUUUCUUCAUGGUUGCGUCUGGUUUUGUGCUUUGAAGUUCUCAGGUUUAUUUCAAUCUUUAGUGAAUCUUCAGUUUAUUUCAUUUCUUUAGUGAAGCAGAUAAAGCAUGGAGGGGGGAAAUAUGAGGGAAAGGGCCAAAUUCAAAGUUGAGUCAAACUUGGGCAACAUAUGCAACCUGCGACCACUAGGUGUAACUUACAUUAAUAAAAACACAUUGUGCUGACUAAUCACUUCAAAAUUUCAGCCAGAUUUCAACACAGCUAUGUAACUGCAGCAUGCACCUCACCUAAAACAGGAUGCAUAAAGUUAUCGCAUGAUAAAGAAAUGCUAGAGUUUGGAAUAGAGACCUAGUGAGCUGCCUCACAGUAAAAAUGGUAAAACUGCAUCUCCAUUAUUACAAUUCAUUUCCUGGACUCCAGGUUUACUGAUGUAAUCCCUUCUCUCCAUUCCAAAACAAUUAAAUGAAUAAAUACAGACUAAAACAGGACCUUGCCCCAUUACUGCAGUAAGUGUGCAAUGGACAUUGAAUGGCAAUAGAUUUAAGGUCCUUUGACUUAGAGUGAAUUCAGAGCAAGCCUUAGCAACUUCGGUUGGGUAAACUUAGUUUUUGCCUGUGUCUGAUCUGAAGUUUGGAUAGGCAUUCAAGUAUUCAAAGGUUUGGGUGCCAUAGGGCUUUAGGUAUGCUUCAAUAUGGUUUGUAGUACAACACUGAAAAUGCCUGAGGAAUACGGAAGGAACCCUGGGAUGCUGCUGUCUUCUGGGUCUUAUAGAGAGAUAGGAAAAUAGGACAGGAAGGACUUUCGAACGAUCUUCCAUUUUAGCCCUUUGCCUGUGGCAGCAUCAGCUUACACCUGUACCAUGUAAUAGCUUUAUGCUGAUUAUUUUUAAAAGUAAACCUAGUAUUUGAAAUGUAUUUAUUUAUUUAUUAUGGAUAAUUUAAAAUUGUGACGAAAUGAAGCAAAAACUUGGUCAAAGUUUUCUUAGUUUGUUACCAGGAUAUUAAGAACUUAAUAUUUACUGAAAUAAAAAAAGAAAUGCACCGCUCUUGCGUGAAACAUGGUUACCUUUUUCUUAGCUAUCAUUAAAAUCCUGAGCUUUUUGUUACUGACAAAAGUCAGGAGUAAUAAACUUAAAUGAUAUAAAAGGUAUGACAGGUAAUUAUUCUCAGAGAUACUCUCUAAAAAAGAUACUUUAAUGUAUUGUACUAUAAUGUACCUAGCACAUCUCUUCCAUAAAUGUAACCUCUAUUAUGCAUUUUCAAAGAGUAGGAAGUGUGCUUAUUCUAAGCUUAGAUUUUUCAUAUGCUCUUGUCUCUUAAAAAAGAAAACAAAAGCACCAAGAAGUAACAACCCACCUUUGAUCUAUAAUUUCCUGUGCUGUUGCUAAACACAUAGUGAAUUUUUUGUACUUUUAAGAAGGUUUACUAAGGCUGUGUAAUGUUACUUUUGAGAUCAAUGUACUGAUUUAAGAAUAACGAAAACAUUAAAGGAUGGAAAAAUCUUACACUGGGGAUCAGACAUAAUGAUGUUCUGAAGAAUACGUUGCCUCGUGUCCAGCUAGAACUUUGCAUGGUAAAUACAGCUGCAUUUGCUUAAACGAUAAGGAAUUAAAUUAACCUGCUACA